UGUCGCACGCUACUCGCGGAGAUGGCGCAGUGCCAUCGAAAACAGUUCCAGCUACAGCGCAACGGAGAUCGAGCGUCUGAAACCGCCGGAAGAUCAACGACAGUAAACAAUUGUAGCUCACCGUCAUCCGGAAUAAUGGAGGCGAUCAUGGGCAGGAAUGGAUCGCUCCUACUGACCGCCGUGCUCAUAAUUAUCCUGGAUGUUUUGCUCAUCCCAGUCGGUGCCAACAUGUGGACACGACACAAUAGCAAUGCCUAUCAAACCAGGAGGCGCUCAGGUCCCAGCAAUCGGUGUCCCAAGGUGGGCGCCAUUAAGAACUUUGACUUGGAGCGCAUGAUGGGCUGUUGGCACGUGGUUCAGUAUUACGCAUCUACAGAGGAACUUCCGGAGUACGCGUGCAUGCGCAGUCACUUUUCCUUCUCCAAAGAGGAUCAACAUAUAACGAUGAACUUUAGCUACAUAUUUGCGGAGGAUCCGUUGCGCGAGAAGCUCGUGGGCAACAUCACCUGGAUGAUACCAAAAUUCCAAGAGCCAGGACAUUGGCAGCAUACGGAGGACAUCUAUGAGGGCAUCUACAACACAUACGUUCUGGACACGGACUACGACACGUGGGGCCUGGUGAUGCACUGCGCCGAGAAGAAGAAGCAACCACGUUACCUGUCCGCCCUGCUUUUGUCGAGGAAAACAUCGCUGGCCGACAACGAGAUCAGCUUUCUGCGCGGCAAGUUGCCGCAGGACAUCGACACGUCCUUUAUGUUCAACAUCGGGCAGAAAUCGUGCGACAAUCUAAUGGAAUCCAGUCGAGACGAUCCGCUGGCCUAUGUGGUGAAUGGACGCCAGAGAGCCAAGGAAAUCUUCAAAAUUAUCAAUAAGCCUGACGGCAGAGUGCGCGCGAGAAGCGAAUCAAGAAGCUAAGAGCAAGGCGAGAAGAUGGCAGAGUGAGAGCUUUGCGAGAAACGAGCUACUGUGCUUUGAAAAUAAACGGUAAUUAAAGCACAGGAUACAAAAAAACAAUGCGCUCUGAGCGAGUUGAAGCGAUAAAGCAGGUUGCAAACUGCUCUCUCGCCUUGUCACCUGAGCUCGCAACUCGCUUCGCUCUCACUCUGACAACUUUCGAGCGAUCUAAUCAAUCAACUAAGAGAAAAUAAUCCACGAAUAACCGAUUUAUUUUGUCGAUAAUUCAAAUUUAAAAACGCACGUUCAAAACAUUCAAUAUAGUGUUACCAUACACCUAAACGAAAAAAUACCCUAAAAUUAGUAGUAAGACAAUCGGUAAAUUGUUUGACAAAUAGCAAAACAGCCAACUAAAUGCUGGUAAUAAACCAUAUUAUAAUAA